CUGGUUCUUAUUUACUUUGACUUUUUCUUGUGAUUAGGGUACUUCGUAUGCAUCUGUUCGCCUAGAGUCGGCGCCAUACCUAGUUGAAGAAAACAGUCAUGGUAGGACGAUCACUUGUCAAGUCCCUGCUGGUAGUGGGCCUGACGGCAGCAAGCCCAGUUGUCCGCGUUCUGAACGGGAGCUACGAGGGCUUGUAUCUGCCGUCCUUCCAGCAGGAUGUCUUUCUCGGGGUGCCGUACGCACAGGACACGGCGGGCGCGAACCGAUUCCGCGUGCCGCAGUCGUUGGAAGAGACCUGGACGGGCGUGCGCAAGGCCAAGGUCUACGGCCCCGCGUGUCCGGAUCAUGAGAUCGCGGCCGACGGACAUUACGGGAUGAGCGAGGAUUGCCUAAGCAUCAAUAUCGUGCGACCUGCGGGGUCGUAUGGAAGCCGCGGUAGUGAUGAGAGAGAAGAGACUGACGAAGCGCAAAGUUCGAAGCCGAAACUACCGGUUUUGCUGUGGAUUCAUGGCGGGGGGUAUCAAGUUGGCACGAGUGGACUGCCGAAUUACAACCUGACCUACCUCGUGCAGCGCUCUGUGGAUGUUGGGCUCCCCAUUGUGGCGGCGAGUAUUAAUUAUCGAAAGGGGGCUUGGGGGAAUAUGUAUUCGAGAGAGAUCCAGGGAUCUGGAAACACGAAUCUCGCACUCCGGGAUAUGCGGAAAGCUCUCGCCUGGAUACAGGAGAAUAUCGGCGCCUUCGGCGGAGAUGCCUCUUCUGUCACGAUCUGGGGCGAAUCGGCAGGCUCAUUUGCAGUGGGUCAGCUCCUGAUCACUUAUGGUGGGCGUACGGAUGGACUGUUCCACCGUUCUAUACAAGAGAGUGGCAGCGCGGCGACAGCCUGGUGUAAUGGGUCUGAUUGGUAUCAGCCCAUCUACGACAAGAUCGUUGAUCAGACCAACUGCACGCAAGCAAUCGAUACAUUGAAGUGUCUCAGGACCGUUGAUUACGAUGUGAUCUUCCCCUUCCUGAACGCAUCGGCCAUUGCUGGCCCCGGCUGGUAUCCUACUGUCGACGGAGAUGUAAUCCCAGCCUAUCCGACCGAACUUCUCCGCCAGGGACGAUUCGCCCAUGUGCCUCAUUUAUAUGGGACAAACUCAGACGAGGGCACGGACAAUGCGCCAGUUGGGGUAAUAGACACAGAUGCAGACUUAUCCACCUAUCUGCAGCAGGACACAGGCUUCGGGUUUCCCUCCUCGACGAUCCGACGCAUAAUGCAGCUAUAUCCAGAUGACCCAACAAAGGGGAUCCCGCUGAACACGGGCUCUGAGCGCUUCGCGGACAAGGGAUACCAGUAUAAGCGCGUGGCAGCGAUUGUAGGAGACGUGUUCUACCAUGCACCGCGUCUCGACGACGCGAGACAUUACUCUAAGCACGCCCCGACGUAUAUAUACCGUUUUAAUACGCGGCCGCUGGCCGGAUUCAUCAACACGGAUUACAACGGUACUAAUGCAGGCGGGAGCAGCGGGACUGGCAAUAUGACAGUCAUGCUGGCGCCUGCAUACAAGGGCGUCGCGCACUUCAGCGAGGUCGGGUUCGUCUUUGCGAACCCGGGGUCAGUAGGGCCGUGGCCGGGAUACCGCGCGCUCAGUAGGAUGAUGAGCGAGCAGUGGAUUCGGUUCGCGCAUACGGGGAACCCGAAUGCGCAAGGCUUACCGCGAUGGCCACGGUAUAAUGAGAGUGAGAAGGGGUUUAAUUUGGUGCUGCAGACGGAGGAGCAGGGCGGGACGUAUGUAGAAGAGGAUACGUAUAGGAUCGAGGGGCGGGAGUAUCUGACUAAAUGGGCACGCAGACGGCAUGUGUAGACAGAUCAAUUACAAUAUGUGGACUUCAUGCGGCAUUGGCUCUUAGGACGAUGAUGUAUCGGUAGUGGUAAUAGGGACACGCCGGUGACGCCUCCAAUACAAAAAAGACCUAGAUA